UCCCGUGGUGCAUUGCGGCGGGCGCGCGGAGGGAGCGUGCUCUGUGGCCGCCCGUUCUCUUGCCGCCGCCCUCGCAUUCGGAGGCGUUACGGGGCGCCAUGUGGCGCUGAGGGCAACAGCUGCUCCUCGGGAGGCCCCCGCAGCCCUACCGGGACCCCGCCGCCGCCUGACGCCAUCUCUCGGCACCCCUCUGCCGCCGUUCCCGCCGUCGCCGCCAUGUCUGCGGGUUUCUCCUUCGGCGCGGGCACCCUGGGCUCCGCGGCGGCCGCCGCCGCCGGAGCUGGAGGAGGAGGUGGGGGCGGUGGGUUCUCCUUCGGCACCACCGCGCCGAGCUCUACAGGAGGACUUAAUUUUGGAACUCUGGGUUCUUCCACUGCUACGGCAACCACUUCAGCUCCUUCAGUGGGAUUUGGGAGCGGGCUUUUUGGAUCAAAACCAGCCACUGGCUUUACGCUGGGAGGCACCAGUACAGCAGGAACAGCAACAACCAUUGCUCCAGCACUGACUCUGGGCACACCUGCUACCACAUCAGCAGCUACCACAGGCUUUAGUUUAGGCUUCAACAAACCUGCAGGUUCAGCCACACCGUUUGCUUUAUCUAUUACUUCUACCUCGGCAAGUGGCCUGUCGCUGUCUUCUGCUCUUACAUCAACUCCUGCAGCAGGUACUACUGGCUUUACCUUAAAUUUAGGUGGAACAACUGCACCAACUACAACUGCCUCCACAGGCCUGUCCUUGGGAGGGACACUAGCAGGUUUAGGAGGUUCACUCUUCCAGAAUACAAGCACAGCAGCAACAGGACUUGGGCAGAAUGCUUUGAGCUUGACUUUGGGGACAACUGCAGCUCCGUCCAGUACUGCUAAUGAAGGUCUUGGUGGCAUUGAUUUUAGUAGUUCUUCAGAUAAAAAGAGUGACAAAACGGGAACAAGACCAGAAGACAGCAAAGCACUAAAGGAUGAAAACCUACCUCCAGUAAUCUGCCAAGAUGUAGAAAAUCUACAGAAAUUUGUGAAAGAACAAAAACAAGUUCAGGAGGAAAUUAGUAGAAUGUCAUCUAAAGCAAUGCUUAAAGUACAGGAAGAUAUAAAAGCUCUGAAACAGCUUCUGUCUGUAGUUGCCAGUGGAUUACAAAGAAACACUCUUAAUAUUGACAAGCUGAAAAUGGAAACUGCGCAGGAGCUAAAGAAUGCAGAAAUAGCAUUAAGAACACAGAAAACUCCUCCUGGUCUCCAGCAUGAAAACACAGCCCCAGCAGACUACUUCAGAAUCUUGGUAGAGCAGUUUGAAGUACAACUGCGGCAGUAUAGGCAACAAAUAGAAGAACUGGAAAAUCAUCUUGCUACUCAAGCAAAUAAUUCACAUAUAACUCCACAAGAUUUGUCUAUGGCUAUGCAGAAAAUCUAUCAAACGUUUGUAGCUUUAGCAGCACAACUUCAGUCCAUACAUGAAAACGUAAAGAUGCUCAAAGACCAAUACCUUGGCUACAGGAAAACCUUUCUGGGAGAUGCCAUGGAUGUGUUUGAGGCAAGACGAACAGAAGCUAAGAAGUGGCAGAGCGCGCCACGCGUUACCACGGGACCGACCCCUUUCAGCAACAUACCAAAUGCAGCAGCCGUUGCCAUGGCUGCCACACUUACUCAGCAGCAACAGCCUGCUACAGGGCCACAACCAUCUCUGGGAGUUAGUUUUGGAACGCCAUUCGGCUCAGGUAUUGGCACUGGCUUGCAAUCAAGUGGCUUAGGUUCUUCAAGCCUUGGAGGAUUUGGAAGUAGCUCUGCCUUUGGAAGCAGUGCCACAGGAGCAUCGUCAUUUGGGUUUGGAGCAACAAGUAAACCAUCAGGAAGUCUAAGUGCAGGCUUUGGCAGCUCGACUACGUCUGGGUUUAACUUCAGCAAUCCUGGCAUCACAGCAUCAGCUGGCUUGACGUUCGGGGUGUCUAAUCCUGCAUCUGCAGGCUUUGGGACAGGAGGGCAACUUCUUCAGCUGAAGAAACCUCCAGCUGGAAACAAGCGAGGGAAGAGAUAGGCACCUCUCUUAGGGAAGUGGAAGUGAAUCAACUUUGUUCAUCUGAGAAGUCUAUUUUUCUAGAUUGAUGCAUUGAUUAAAUUGCAUCCCGUGAGAUUUAUAAAAAAUAAAAAUAAAAAAAAAGUUGCUACUUUUCCCUAGUCUGAAACACAAAAUGAAUCAUACUGAACAGCUAUUUUCUUGUGAAUAUAAACCUGUUUAUGUAUUUUUAUUUUUGGCCCUAGUUUUAGAAAUGUUCUAUACUGCAUUAUUAAAGAUUCUUGUAAAACCAUCUAUUUAAACUAAUGUUAGUAGCAGAAUAUUUUUUGUUAAUAAGCUUUAUACCAUAUGAAUAUAUGCAUAUUUGUUUUUUGUACAGAAAGUAUAUUCUAGUACAAAUACUAGAGUUCAUAUCUUCUGUUCCUGGAUAUGGCCUUUAAAUCUACUUCAGGGUGUUUCUGUGUAUAUGGAUGUAAAUAUAUACAGUACAGUGCACACACCAGUGUGUAUGUGUAUGUAUAAAAUAAAACCAGAUGUGCAAACCUUUCCCCACAGACAGGUCUCCUUUACUUUGUGUUCUGUUUGUCCACGUUGCUCUGUGGUUCCACAUCUUGAUGUUCUAUGGAUUUCAAACGGGGGGUCCCAGGCUGUGUCGUCAUUGCUGCUUGUGUUUUGUUGCUUAAGACCAGCUGAGGUAAAACGUUUACUAUCUCAUGAAGUUCUGUAUGCGGUGUUCAGUGGAUGCAGUGUGUGAAGUUGUUUAUUUUAGCCACUUCUCAACCAGUUCUUAAAGAAGAAGCCGGGAUCUUGACUCAGACAUUUCCUAGGUAAUGUUCCCAAACUGAUUUUUCUUCAGCUGCACGGCAGGACGUUGUGGGGUUUCAGGGUUCCACAAGGUCUGCUUGCAGGCAGAGCUGUCAACCUGCGUGAGCUCUUCCUAGCAGCUGGAGGGGGGGUGGAUUUUACCAUUGUAGCCAUGAUUGGAAUUAACUGUUACAAAUCAGAGCUGAUUCACUAGCUGCUUCUAGUCAGUGCUAUUAGCACAAACACCAGAGCAGGUGUAUAUCUGCUUUCAAUAUGAGCUGUAGUACAGUAAGUUGCUGCUGAAGAAUUGAGAAAAAUGAUGUAAUUUGAAGGUUAAACUACUGCAACAGUAGAGUAUAAAUCUUGUGUAUUACAUCAUAGCUGCUUGUGCUGUAUUUCCAAUUCAGUGUGUGCUACAAACAUCUGGAAAGCAUCUUAAAGAGGUACGUACUGCCUAGUGUGAGUGGAAAUGUGAAUAUGGGACUUUGGAUUCGAGUGUUGCUUUCUGUAUACAAGAUGCAUCAAAUGAAUAUUCACUGUUUUCACAAAAGCACCUUUUUUCUACAGCAGUUAAAGUGCAUAAGGGUGUUUUGGUUUUUUUCCCAAGCAUCGAGUUAUUUCAGUUAUGGAAGUGUUAUUACCAUUUAGUAUGUUUUGGAAGUGAUGUCUGUGGUGGUUGCUUUUGGACAGAUGUUUAUCACUUGAUCUGGCAGAAUUCAGAGAAACUGAGCACAGAGCUCCUGGCUUUUGUACACUUGUAUGUUAUUGCAUCUCUGCGAGCGCUCCCUUAGGAAUCCAGUGUGUGUUUUUCACGUUUGGGAAAACAAAGCUUAAAGUUUGUUCUGACUUAACCUUUUUUAAAACAUACGUUGGGCUGCAGUCAAAACCACAAUGUUUUUAUUCUUUUGUUAUUGCUUUUUAAUAAUGUUAAACCACUGGACUUGUAAUGUAUUAAUUUGUGAAGCCAAUUCAAAGUAUGUACUCCUUGUCCAUAUGUGCAACUUACCAUUGUGCAAACAAUAAAACAAAUGCUGUGAUCCUUGUAAUACA